CAGUUUGAAUUAAAAGACCGAGAGGACUUUCAGUAUGACAUCUUCGUUACCUUCAGCACCCUCGACUAUCCCUGGGUCCGAGACAACCUCGUACCUUUGCUGGAGAGAAAGCAAAUCAACUACUGCAUUCACAGCCGCGACUUUGUAAUUGGAAAAGCGAUCCUGGAGAACAUGGCGGACAGCGUGUACAACAGCCGAAAGGUGCUUGCUGUCAUUUCAGAAAACUAUCUGGCCAGCAAAUUCUGCCGCCAGGAAUUAGAUAUGGCUUUGUACCGCUCGGUUAGUGUGGCGCCCAAUCCCUCACUUUUGUUGAUUCGUGUGGAUGACGUGGACAAGAAAAAGUUACCUAAGUCGUUACAAAAGCAGACCUUCCUAGAUUAUACAAGUGCCAUGGAAAGAAAUAAGUGGGAGGAAAGAUUGUUGAAACACAUUGACAUUAGUUUUGUCGAGAAAGAUGAAAAUCUUCUGGCAAGUGAAAUUUCUACUAGUGUGUAG